GUGUGGAAUACCGCCCGCAUGCUGCUUCCAAAAUAGCAGGCUGGCCUCAUCCGUGCUCACAGUGAGCAGUGAUAAAAGUCAGCUGUCAUCCAUUAGAGAGGGCCAGAAACAAGCUGAGUGUCACAGAGAGAGACGGGGCCACCGCUACAGACAGACACAGUCAUCAGCCAGGGAAAUAUACAAGAUUGAGGCUUAAAGGCCAAAAAGACCAGAAAGACCAGAAAGCAAAAACGGAGCAGCGUUUUAUUCUAUGAGAAGAGACCUUUCAAGACAGACCGGAAAGAAUCAUCCUAUAUUCAAGAGGGCAAACAGAAGUUUACAUCCUCUCCCAUCCCAACCGUGAAAGACAGAUCUGCUGUUUAUCGCUCAAAGUUAGCAGCUUCAGACGCCUCAGGAUCCACCGAACAGACAGGCAGCGUGAUCCAAGAGCACGGAAAGAAGAAACAAAACAAGAUGGCAGAAGUCAGAAAACAGGUAAAAGUGACAGAUCCAGCCGGUGGAGAUGAUGAUAUCCCUCCCCCUCCACCUCCUCUACCAAGACCUGAAGUUCUGGAGGCAAUCCAAAAGGAUCUCAGCCAGAACUUCCUCCCUGUACCACCUCCAAAAGAAACCUUCACAGAGUUCUACCAGCAAAGACAGAAAAGCGAACUGAAACGUCUUUUCAAACACAUUCAUCCUGAGUUAAAAAUGAAUCUUGAGGAUGUCGUAGAUGAUGAACUUAUCGAAGCAAUAAAUCCCCAAGCAGGAGAUACGGCAUAUCAGGGAGAAGUCCAAUCCAUGCGAUGGAUAUUUGAGAACUGGAGUCUUGACAAUAUUGGAGACCCACAUGAAACGAAAAAAAUACUUGAUGAGGAAAAUCUUCAAGGUGGGGAUGUGAGGGGUACAUCUUCCUUGUUUGAACAUUCAGUGUUUGGUGGUCAACAUAUCACAGGUGGUGAGAGACCAGUUUUAGUCCAAGGAGACGUUCGCACUGCCACCUGGCUGUUUGAGACGCAGUCUCUGGAUUCAAUCAGUAAGGCAAAAAUGGAGGAUGAGGAAAUUGUGGAGGUUGUACUUAAGGAAGCUAUUCAGAAGGGAGAUGUGAGCGGUGCGCGUCUCUUAUUUGAAUCCAAGCCAUUGGAUGCCCUGGGUCGCUGCUGUUCUGUUGAAGAUCAGCAAUUCCUAACACUGAAAUCAGAACUAGAGGAAAUCAAAGGAGAUGUGAAGAAAACUGUUAAACUCUUUCAAGCAGAUCCCUGUUGUGCUCUUAGGGACAGCAAUGGUCACAUCCAUGAGAUCAAGUCAAUCUGUAGAGAAGAAAUCAGAAGCAGUAACUUUAAAACAGCACGUUGGCUGUUUGAAACUCAACCUUUGGACCACAUUAAUAAAGGAAAAACUGGUGUGCAAAUCAUUCGGGGGAUCUCACUUGAGGAUGACCAGAAGAGCGGUGUUGACAAAAAGAGAUGGAUGUUUGAGACCCAACCUCUUGACGCUAUUCAUGAAGGUGUUGUGGAAGAACGAAAGUUUCAAGGAACAGUGGAGUACUUCUCAGGAGAAGCAGAUGUUCAGAACAAAUCUACACUUUUUGAAAACCAGCUCCUGUCAUCAGCUAAAGGAGAGCUUAUGGGUAAGGAAAGAGAUGAUAUUGUUGGAAGAAAUGUAGGCUCCACCCUGUGGCUUUUUGAAACACAGCCUAUGAACACUCUGAAAGACAGCUAUGAAGUGGGACAUCUCAAAAAAGUUCUAGUGUCCAGCGAUGAAAAAAGAGAAGUUAAAGACAAAAGGCAGCACUUUGAGAAUACCAGGGUUUGUAAAAUGACAAAUAAAGGGAGCAAAGUUGAAGACAAAGAAAGAGGAGAUGUCAAGACGUUCAAGAAUCUUUUUGAAGCUAUACCUCUCAGUCAAAUGUCUCAAUCUGAAAAUGCACCCGCUCAAGUUUGUGAUGUUACAGCUGGGGACGUCAAAGGCAACCGAUCACUGUUUGAAUCCACUCCAUUUUAUGCGAUGAAGGACAGUGCUGGAAACUUCCAUAAGGUAACAACUGUCAGCAGGGAGGAAUGCGUAAAAGGAAAUGUACAGAAUUACAAAUGGAUGUUUGAGACAAAACCUCUAGACCAGUUCGAAGAAGGUAAAGACAAAAUAGAAGUCAUCAAAGGCAUCACAAGGCAAGAAGACACAACAAAUGAUGUGAGAACAGCAAAAUGGAUGUUUGAAACACAACCUUUAGAUAAUAUCCAUUUAAAAUUCAAUCAGAAAGAAGUGGACUCAACAGCAUUACAGGAGGAAUUUCAAAAAGGUAGUGUAAAGACAUGCAAAUGGCUAUUUGAGACACAACCAAUGGACAUUCUGUAUGACAAGUCUGAGAGAAACCAGGAUGUACAACCGGUGCCAAAGGCUAAUGUGAAAUCACACACUUGGCUUUUUGAAACCCAGCCAUUAGAUAACAUCAAGGACAAAGAUGAAUUCAGUUUGAAAUUGUGCAGUCCUGUGCAGGAAGAUGUAAAAAGUGAUGUCAAUGUGAAGACAGUGAAACACCUGUUUGAAACGGAGACUUUGGACAGAAUAACAAAGCAAACAGAUUCUGCUCAAAAUAUAAGAUAUGUCAGUGAAGUUGAUGUCCAGUCUGGAGAUGUAUCUAGAGUAAAAGAAAUUUUUGAAUCCAAGUCACUUGAUGAAAUAGGAAGCAAGUGCAUCAAAGAGUCGAAGACUGGGCAGCAAGACAAUGAAAUUCAAUCAGGAUCAGUGCACAAAUUCACUUGGCUCUUUGAGAAUCAACCGAUCUGUGAUAUUAAUGAGAAUGAGGAUCAAAUAAACUAUAGUGUCCAAGAUGUUGAAAGUGGUGAUGUCGGAGGCAAAAAGUUUAUUUUUGAAACUUUCUCUCUGGACAAAAUCAAGGAUAAAGACCAACUACUUGAGCAUCAGUCAAUGAGUGUUGAGAAACAUGUGAACGCAAGCGUUGAUGUUAAAUCCAGCACAAUGCUUUUUGAAUCCCAGCCUUUGUAUGCUAUUAAAGACAAAGAUGGACAGUUUCAUGAAGUUACCACAGUGAAGAAAGAGGAAAUGAUGGGAGGAGAUGUGAGGGGAGCAAGAUGGAUGUUUGAAACGAAGCCACUUGAUACCAUUCAAGCAGACAAAGAAAUUUACAUUAUCCGUGCAGUUACACAGGAGGAUGUGCUCAAGGGUGAUGUAAAAUCAGCUCGUUGGAAGUUUGAGACACAGCCUUUGGACUCCCUCACAGAAUCUGAAAGACCGUCAGUCAGGGUUGUGGAAGAUUUAAGCCAUGGAAAAAAUGUGCAACAAAGCAAACAACUUUUUGAGACCGAGCAAGUAGCCCAAAAGAAGUAUGUAAGGAUGGUGAGCGUUACAGAUGUUCAACAAGGUGAUGUGCGCACUUCCACCUGGCUAUUUGAGAACCAGCCAAUCGAUACUCUGAAAGGUGAGCAACAUGAGCAGAAUACCUUGCAAACUGUACUUCGGGAGGAUAACGCGAAGGGUGAUGUAAAACGAUGCACUUGGCUGAUGGAAUCCCAGCCCCUGGAUCAGAUUAAGAACCACGAAUCUAACGAAGAGUUUGUUUUGUCAAAGGAAGACAUUCCAAAGGCGGAUGUCAAAAGCACAACUUGGUUAUUCGAAACCACACCGCUAGACAAAAUCAUAGUGGAAAGCGUUACAGACAUCCUCUACCGCCUUUGUCAGCAUUCAUUUAUUCAUUCAAGUGGCAUCAUCAUCCAAGCCGAUGAUUAUAAGUAUGUAAACAUGGCAAAGUAUCAGUUUGUCAACAGUGAGGGCCCUAAAGUUCAAAAGGAGGAAGUUGUUGAGGGAAACAUCAGAAACAUAAUGCUACAGUUAUUGUUCAAACCAAACCUGAAACCUAAAGUUGUUCUUCUUAAAGAGGACGAAGAAGGCAAGUUGCACAGCACAGUGCUUGAAAUACCAUUUCAACAGGCUGAAUCUGCGAACAACCCAGAUGCCGAAUGCAAGAUUCAAGAAGCUGUUACAAUUAUUGAGAGCUUGCUGGUUCAGCAAAAAUCAAUCAAGACAGGCUUGGUAAUGCAAGAAUCAAAAGGAAAACAACCAGAGAUGACAGUGUAUUCCCUCUACUAUCAAAAAAGCCUGACAACGGAGUCGUGCGAUGUCACACGAGGAGAUGUCAAGUCCACCAUCGGCAACCUUCUUGCCACAGUCCACAGCCAGCACACCAAGCCAUCCUGCAGGUUAGAAAAAAAUGAGAGGGGGAAUGUUGAUUUGUACAGAAAUUGUAUUGAAAAGGGUGACCUUCAGUUUCUUAAGACUUUACAGCGAGAGCUAUCUGAAGAGGAACCGACAUCCUCCUUGAGGGACGAAAUUGAAAUCAUUCAGGGUGACGUGAAAGAAGCAAAGAGACAUCUCAAGCAACAAAGAGAACAAGUUGAGAGAACGGUUCUGGAUGUUGUACCUGGAGAUGUGAAAACCGUUAAAAAGGUUUUCUCAGAGGGCUGUGUAGAUCAGACCGUUGAAAACUGCAUGCCAAAAGAGGAGAUCCUUAAAGGUGAUGUUUUCUCAGCCAAACAGCAACUUGAUGAAGCAACCAAGCAGCCAAUCAUGGUACAAAGAGAGGAAAUAGUGUCUGGGGAUAUUAAAGCAACACUCGAAUCCUUGGAGCGAGCAAAGCAGCAAAGUAUGCAAGUGGAACGCGAGGUCAUCGAACCAGGCACCAUUUACGAUCUGAAUGUAGAAAUGUGCUCAGAGGAAGACGAAAGAAAAGUAAUAAAGGAGGAAAUCAUUUCAGGAGAUGUUAAGGCCGCCAAAAGGUCACUGGAAAUGGCGAAGAACCAAAGUAUUAGAGUGGAACGGGAACCUAUCACUCCUGGAAAGUUAUACGAUAUAAAUGAAUCAUCUCAGUGCCAAAACAUCUCGACAGUGCAGCAGACUACAACAACAUCCUCGAGCAACCAGCGGAUAACUACAACAUUUCGAAAGUGACUGGCAGUGAGCAUCUGACCUUCUUGGCACUGAACUCCGAACCUAUAAGUUCCACCUUAGACAAUUCAAACCAGCUCCCUAAGAAACAUCCACCACCUAUCCUUCCUAAAA